GUGGUCAGGUGAUUGAGAGCCGAGCUCACUGAAGAAGGCGCAACCCGCGCGUGGACAGCAUUGAACUUGAUACUUGCCGACAAGACGGGGGUGUGAGAAGAGAGAGAUGACUCUCAACACACGAGACGCGGGAGAGGAACGGAUGAGGAAAAGGGCCGAGAUGCAGCCUUCUGAUGAUGAGGUCAGCGGUCAAUGCAGUGAAGAGGUGGCCUCCGACAACGAUAGCUGGGACGACGAGGACUUGGACGAAAAUGAAGCCGCAACGGAAGAGCAGCCAAACAAGGAGCAGGGAGAAUCGAUUGGCGAGCGUCUCAUCAAACUGUCGCAUGGAGCCGGGCCAUCAAGGCGAAAACGCCACAUUAGAGACAACACGGGAGGGGAACAAAAACAAACGAACGCCGCAAAGACGGCGCGGGAUCGCGCACGCUCCGGCAUUGCUGCUCACCAGCAGGCAAGAGGGGGGGAUUCGGGAUCCGGCCGUACCAAGGUGCCAAGUCGAGCCAACAAGAACAGGCCUCAAGAGGCGUCGUCUCUGCGGGCGGUCGGUCGAUUCCGAGAAGUGGUCGUUACCAAGCGCAAGACAUCAAGAGAUCCACGAUUCGAGGGCGGAGGGGGGUCCAGCAAGCUCAACUAUGAUAUUUUCCGAAAGGCAUACGGCUUUCUUGGGACGUAUCAGGACAGCGAAAUUGAAGAACUGAAAAAGUCUCUGAAGAAGGAGAAAAACCAGGAGCGUUCUGGGAGACUGCAGGCACUCUUGACCCGUCUACAGCAAGAAAGGGCGGAACGAUCUCAGGGCGAUCGGACGCGCACGGCAAUUCGUGAGGCAAAGAAGAAGGAGCGCGAAGCCGUUGCCAGUGGGAAAAAGCCAUUCUUCCUCAAGGGCAGUGAGAAGAAAAGGCUGUCUCUCGAGCAAAGGUACGAGGGACUCAAGGAGGACGGCAAGCUAUCGAAGUUCAUGGAAAAGAAGAGGAAGAAGAAUGCUGCCAAGGACCACCGAUGGCUUCCAAGCAAGCGCCAAAAGUGAUAUCACGUGUAGGCGACACAAGUUCAUCCAAGGGUGGUUCAGGAUUACAGUAUCACCCUUGUGGCAAACGCUGAUAACACAUUCUUGGUUGCGAGUUGUUGCUCCUUCUCUUUGGGUGUUUGUAGUUCUUAGCAGAACACGGGGGCUUCGGCGUCACGCCGAAUGCAUUCGUAGUCGAUUACCGUAAUUCGGAGUUGUGCAGGGGAACGAGGGACAAAUCAACUAAUUCCUCGUCAUAAAGCUCUACCUGAGUCUAUCUCGUUUGUGUUUCAAUGUACGCAUGCUCUGCGUUGAAAAAUAAUAUGUGUGCUGCGUCAUUGAUCGACAAUCUGCUCUUGGUGCAACAUGGAGCUUGUAGCU